GUUCAACCUGGUGUUGUUCUAAUCUUCCUUCAACCGAGUUCACGACCGAACCGCCCAUUGCACGUUAGAACCUUAUGUACCUCAAUGGUUAGAAAUCAUGUUUGCUUUUGUCAAAUUGUGAGAAGCUCUUCAACUGUUGAAAUAUAUUAAAAUGGCUGAUGAAGACAAGCUUCAGCCGUUAAUGUUUCUUAUGACCUAUAUGCUGAUGAAGCGCCGAAGAGACAUAAACAACGCGGAUACACAGAGACUCAAUGAGGUGAAGAGACGUAUCCGCCACAGACAAUACUUCUUCCAAAGACAGAGGCGAAUGCUCAUGAUGCUGACAGCUCGAGACGUGCGCUGCAGCUGUGACAUCCGUACUCGACCCUGGACCAGCACGGAGUGCACUGAUUGGUGGGAGCGGGUAGUGAUGACUGAGUUCCAGCCCUCUGAUUGGCUGGAGAAGUUCCGCAUGAGCCGGGAGACCUUCUUCUUCCUGUGUGGCAAGCUGAAACCCCGCCUGGCUCGCCAGGACACCCACUUCCGCCGGGCGCUUCCGCUGGAGAAGCGUGUGGCGGUUGCCCUGUGGCGGCUGGCGUCCAACAUUGAGUACCGCACCAUCAGUGGGCUGUUUGGCGUGGGCAGCUCCACGGUGUGUAAGUGUGUGAGGGACGUGUGUCACGCCAUUGUCACACUACUCCGGCCCGUCUACCUAUGCUCGCCCAGCAUACAGGAAGUAGAAGACUCUGCACGUCACUUCCUAUCUCGCUGGGGCUUCCCUCACUGCGUGGGCGCCGUGGCAACCCUCCACACUGCCAUCCUCACGCCGUCCGCUAACGUGGACAACUACGCCAACGCAGACGGGUGGCUCUCUGUGGUCUCCCAGGUGGCUGUGAACGGGCUGGGUCAGUUCUGGGACGUCUGUGCUGGUUUCCCUGGCAGCACUGAGCCGACAGCCAUCUUGCAGAACUCAGCACUUUGGGCGUCGGCCUCUGAGGGCGUGCUGUCACCUGACCCACCCCCGAGCUUCAUGGGAAAACCCCUGAGAUAUGUGUUGUUGGGGGAGUCAGGGUACCCCCUCCAGCCCUGGCUGAUGAAGGCCUAUUCCAAGAAGAAGGAGGAGGAUGAUGUGGAGGAGGAGGAAGGGGGGCACGCGGAGGCCCGGAGGGCCUUCAACCAGCGAUUUGUGCGGGCGUGGCGUGGGGCGGCAACGGCGCUUCUCCGCCUGCGGGCGCGCUGGCAAUGCCUGAGCAAGAGGAACGACUGCAGCCUGGACGUGGUGCCCACCAUGAUCCUGGCCUGCUGCAUCCUGCAUAACGUGUGUGAGGCCCAUGGAGAUUUGUUCCGGGGGGAAUGGCAUGGUGAGGUGACCAAGGGUGAGAACCCCCAGCCUGGUCACACUGCGGGACACGCCCCCUCUCCCUCUGGAACUUCAGACCACCUCCAGGGUGAGGAGGUCAGAAAAUUGUUCUGUCACUACUUCCAGCAGUCACAACUACAACAACAGGACUAAUGGAAUGGACAGUGUUGUGAUGGGGAAAGAGGGGGAAAAAAAUCUAGAAUUCUCCACAAGAUUCUCACGACUGUAUACAUGGCCCUGGCCAGCAUUCCAGUUACUGUCCCUACAAUCUCUAUCAGCCUGCAUUCAUAAAGCAUCUCAGAAUAGUAGGUAGUGCUGAUCUAAGAUCAGCUUGGCCUUUUUAGAUCAUAGUGAACAAGAUUAUGGACAGGGGGGACCUGAUCCUAGAUCUGCACUCCUAUUCUGAGAUACUUUCUCUCUCUCGUGCAACUCCUCUCUGUUCUGUUACUGUUUUUGGGGGGUUUUGUUCUCUCGUAGGUUGUUAGUGUGUCUAAAUAGUUGUGUAGCUCAGUGAUCAUGUGCAUAUGGGGUAUAUAGUCAUGCUUUUUAUUGAUGCAUAAUACAAGUUACAUCUUCUGUUCUGUCUGUCACUACAUUUGUAUCUACGGUUACACUGACAUUGUUCUAUGCCCCGAUUUAAACAAGAAAAAAAAUAUAACAUUGUUCCAGCUACCUAGUACAUACACUGCACUUUUUGUAGCUGUAAAUAAGAUCUACUGUCUCCAAUCUCCUACUCUUCCUCUACUGGAAGAAGUCCUAGGGGAAACACUUCCAGCUGACAGAGCUGCCCUCUUAGCAGAGAAUGUGGACAUUCUUGUCUUUCUGAAAAAUAACUUUCAAAUAGAAUGACUGUCACUGAAUAUAAGCUGAAGGUGAGCAGGCUUAAAAUGCAUUCGGAAAGUAUUCAAAUCUCUCUACUUUUGACACAUUUUGUUACAUUGCAGCCUUAUUUUAAAAUAAAUAUAUAAUAAUUAUUCUCAUCAAUCUACACACAAUACCCCAUAAUGACAAAGCGAAAAUGUUUUUUUCUGAAUGUUUAUUUAUUUAUUACGAAUAAAAAACAGAAAUACCUUACAUAAGUAUUCAGACCCUUUGCUAUGAGACUUGAAAUUGAACUCAGGUGCAUCCUGUUUCCAUUGAUCAUCCUUGAGAUGUUUCUACAACUUGAUUGGAGUCCAGCUGUGGUAAAUUCAAUUGAUUGGAUAUGAUUUGGAUAAGCACACAGUUGACAGUGCAUGUCAGAGCAAAAACCAAGCCAUGAGGUCGAAGGAAUUGUCCUUACAGCUCCGAGACAGGAUUGUGUCGCGGCACAGAUCUAGAGAAGAGUACAAAAAAAUGUCUGCAGACUUGAAAGUCCCCAAGAACACAGUGGCCUCCAUCAUUCUUAAAUUAAAGAAGUUUGGAACCACCAAGACUCUUCCCAGAGCUGACCACCCGGCCAAACUGAGCAAUCGGGGGAGAAGGGCAUUGGUCAGGGAGGUGACCGAGAGCCCGAUGGUCACUCUGACAAAGCUCCAGAGUUCCUCUGUGGAGAUAGGAGAACCUUCCAGAAGGACAACCAUCUCUGCAGCACUCCAACAAUCAGGCCUUUAUGGUAGAGUGGCUAUACAGAAGCAACACCUCAGUAAAAGGCACAUGACAGCCCACUUGGAGUUUGCCAAAAGGCACCUAAAGGACUCAGACCAUGAGAAACGAGAUUCUCUGAUCUGAUGAAACCAAGAUGCAACUUUGGCCUGAAAGCCAAGCAUCAAAUCUGGAAGAAACCUGGCCCCAUCCCUACAGUGGAGCAUGGUGGUGGUGGCAGCAUCAUGCUGUGGGGAUGUUUUUCAGCGGCAGGGACUGGGAGACUAGUCAGGAUUGAGGGAAAGAUGAACGGAGCAAAGUACAGAGAGAUCCUUGAUGAAAACCUGCUCCAGAGCAUUCAGACUGGGGCAAAGGUUCACCUUCCAACAGAACAGCAACCCUAGGCACAUAGUCUCUGAAUAUCCUUGAGUGGCACAGCCAGAGCCCGGACUUGAACCCGUAUUGUGCGUAGAUUGAUGAAAGGAAAACAUAAUUAAAUUACAUUUUUAAUAAGGCUGUAACGUAGCAAAAUGUGGAAAAAGUCAAGGGGCUUGAAAACUUUCCGUAUGUGCUGGUGAUUUGAAUUGAUUAUUGUCUGCUGCAGUUAAAUGUAUGUUGUAAUGAACAUGAUUUCCCUUCUGCGCCGAACACCCGUUAUACCCCUAGACAAGACCUUUUUACAACAUUUUAGUAAUUAGCAGACGCUCUUAUCCAGAGUGACAUACAAUAGCAAUUAGGGUUAAGUGCCUUGCUCAAGGGCAGAUCAACAUAUUUUUCACCUAGUCGGUUCAGGGAUUCUAACCAGCAACCUUUCUGUUACUGGGACAACUCUUAACUGCUAGGCUACCAUCCAUCUUUAACCCAGCUGCAGACUGGCUUCACAGGGCGAUAAAUAAGGGGGAUCCUCCCCACUGGCGUCGUGAAACUCAGGACCCCACUAGAACCAAUGAGAGUUCUCCUGGUGCAGCCUGGCCUGCAGGCCGGGAUUCAGGAGCACUGAGGUGUCGUAGCUCUCAGGGGCCCCGCCCCUGACCACGGUGUAGUCCAGCCUCUCUUGUUCUUAUAAAGCACCACUGGUCCAGGAGCCUUCUGGAGAUGUCCGUCCAUCUGAUCUGGGCUCUCCCUCUCUGUGUGCUCUUUGUUUCCAGCUUCAGCCUGACAGUUGUUGCUCAUUACCUCAGCACCCUGCAGUCCACCGUACGGACAACUGAAAUCCUCUCCACCGAAUACAAAAAUCAGCAGCAGUGCUAUCCCUGCUGAGGCACCCCAGCUGACUCACAUCUCUUUUGUAGCAGCUUCGGAUUUCACCUGGCGUCAUUCCAGGGAGUUCCCGGAAUCUUUGGAUCUCCCCUAGGAGGUUGUGUGUGACCUCAUAGGUGUUCCGUGGGUUGUAUGCAAUUUCUUGUGGGUGGCUGUAUGGAUGGUUCUGUGUUAUGUAGAGCUUGUCCACUCUGAAUCCCAUAUAGCCUUGCUGUCUGACUCUGCAUACAACUCGGUCUCUUGUUGUCCCUAGAAUCCAGGGAGUUGUAGCAGCGUUUAGUGACAUAAGCAAGAAGUGCUUUGUUGUGGUUGCCACUGUGGUUGAGAUUUCCCAGUGUGUCGUAUUCAUCCCCGUCUGGAUAAGGUAACAUAUGUUCAUAGUUGUAAUAGUGAUGAAAGCCGUAGUCUCCCCUGUUUGGUUCGAAGGGGGGGACUUGCCAUUGUUGUCGAAGGCGAUAUUGUGAGUGAACAAGUGCAGCAGCGUGAGACGGUGGCGAGGGGACAACCAAAGUCAACGUAGACUUUGGUUGUCCCUUCCCUCACUACGGCCUCACGCUGCUGCACUUUUAAAGCUCCUGCUGUUCAUGAGGUCUCUGAUUAGAUUGAGCAGAUAAGAAUUCCUCUUUCCAGGGUCAAAAGUGAAGUGUCUAUGUCUAAGUCAUAAAACUUUGGCAAACACUCCUUCUUUAGAUUUACUGGGUGGCAGGCUUUUACUCCAACCCUUCUCUAACAAUCAGCGGCUCAUCAGGACCUUUAGGUUUGGCCACCAAUGGUGGAAGGAAACCAAGUCGAUGAGAGAUUUCUGCGAUAGUGUACUGUGGGUAUGCAGUUGAGUUACGUUCUCUAAUCUCCCAUUUCUCUAACCCACUCAACCCCCAAACCUAGUGGCCUAUCAGAGCCGAACUAGGUGCAACUCCUUUGCCCACGAGGCCCUGCACGAUAGUCCUAGAGGGUUGCUACAAUACAAACAAAUAUAUAAAGACAUAGAAACUAUAUAGAAACUAUAAUACCGGUACCCUGAAUGUCUUACCUUGUUUAUGUCUGCAGCAGGCUUGUAAGUGAAGUGAGGAGACGACUGACUGAGCCUAUUGACUCUGUGUUGUUUGACUUUGUCCUCUCUUUAGCUGUAGCCUCCCUCUCAACCCUCAACAGGGUCGUCACUAGUUACCUACUUCUAAAAUGUAUCUUCUGAAUAAAAUGUGAUUUUAAACCUAACCUUAAUCAUCUGCUAAACGUAUGCCUAACCUUAAAUUAUGAUCAAAAAUAUUAUUUUAGUUUUCAGGAAUGUUUAUGAUAUAACCAAACUACAGACAUAGACAGAUUAAUACUUUGUGGCUGUGCUAUUUAGUGGAAACCCCUCAACAGUCGCCUCAGAAUGGAAAGGGAAUGUGAUCUACGCUUGGAAAGUGAAACUCAAACUCCCACUUCUUUCUAGUGAUGUGUAUCCCAUCAUACCCAGGUCCCAUACCCAUCAUUGUAUCCCAUCAUACCCAGGUCCCAUACCCAUCAUUGUAUCCCAUCAUACCCAGGUCCCAUACCCAUCAUUGUAUCCCAUCAUACCCAGGUCCCAUACCCAUCAUUGUAUCCCAUCAUACCCAGGUCCCAUACCCAUCAUUGUAUCCCAUCAUACCCAGGUCCCAUACCCAUCAUUGUAUCCCAUCAUACCCAGGUCCCAUACCCAUCAUUGUAUCCCAUCAUACCCAGGUCCCAUACCCAUCAUUGUAUCCCAUCAUACCCAGGUCCCAUACCCAUCAUUGUAUCCCAUCAUACCCAGGUCCCAUACCCAUCAUUGUAUCCCAUCAUACCCAGGUCCCAUACCCAUCAUUGUAUCCCAUCAUACCCAGGUCCCAUACCCAUCAUUGUAUCCCAUCAUACCCAGGUCCCAUACCCAUCAUUGUAUCCCAUCAUACCCAGGUCCCAUACCCAUCAUUGUAUCCCAUCAUACCCAGGUCCCAUACCCAUCAUUGUAUCCCAUCAUACCCAGGUCCCAUACCCAUCAUUGUAUCCCAUCAUACCCAGGUCCCAUACCCAUCAUUGUAUCCCAUCAUACCCAGGUCCCAUAAACAUCAUUGUAUCCCAUCAUACCCAGGUCCCAUACCCAUCAUUGUAUCCCAUCAUACCCAGGUCCCAUACCCAUCAUUGUAUCCCAUCAUACCCAGGUCCCAUACCCAUCAUUGUAUCCCAUCAUACCCAGGUCCCAUACCCAUCAUUGUAUCCCAUCAUACCCAGGUCCCAUACCCAUCAUUGUAUCCCAUCAUACCCAGGUCCCAUACCCAUCAUUGUAUCCCAUCAUACCCAGGUCCCAUACCCAUCAUUGUAUCCCAUCAUACCCAGGUCCCAUACCCAUCAUUGUAUCCCAUCAUACCCAGGUCCCAUACCCAUCAUUGUAUCCCAUCAUACCCAGGUCCCAUAAACAUCAUUGUAUCCCAUCAUACCCAGGUCCCAUAAACAUCAUUGUAUCCCAUCAUACCCAGGUCCCAUACCCAUCAUUGUAUCCCAUCAUACCCAGGUCCCAUACCCAUCAUUGUAUCCCAUCAUAUCCAGGUCCCAUAAACAUCAUUGUAUCCCAUCAUACCCAGGUCCCAUACCCAUCAUUGAUGGAUUUAUAAACACUGCGUCUUUCCCUUGGCCUUGAUUCAAAUGUGGGUGUGUUCCCUUGACUCAAAUGUGUGGUUGAUAUUUUAAAGCUCCUACUGUUAUUUUCAAUUUGUUAUUUAUCUCAGCUUUUUCAGGGACCUGAAAGCUCUCGAGGGCCUGCCCCGUUUGAAACUGUAAUUAUGCAAUAUGGCCACAAGAUGACACUACACUUCUUCAAAGGUUUUGCUCUCUACAUUUGCUUUAUUGUCGUAGUGGUUCUGUUUAUUUAUUAUGUUGUUGUUUUUUAUAUGCUGUAAUGGUCUCCAAAGAAAUUGUCAUCAGUGUUCUAACCUAUUAAAAAUAGGGUACUGGGUGGUAUCUUGCCCCCUGGGGGUAACUUCCCCCACCCCCUGUAAUUCACAUUAA